AUGCAGCCAGAUAUCACGACUUGUAUCUAUGAUGAGAAGGAAGAGCUCCCACUUCCCGAGUUUCAUCGGAAGUACAAAAACAAGUUUCCGAUGCUGGCCAUUGUCGUAGGAGGUCACUACGGUCCAACGAAAUGGGAUGAUCUACCAAGUGACAUAGUAAUGAGAAUCGACAGAGAUUUUAGACAACAAAGAGUUCUGGCGAAGGAUCCUAGAGCUUAUCGUGAACAGUAUCUAAGUAUACCUGUUAACGGUCCAUAUAGGUUCAACAUUGUCAAAUCCCUCAAAGAGAAAAGCCAGGAUCAAACUCUGGCAGAAAUUUUGGAGAAAAAUCCUUUGCCUGUUCUGGUCCAGUUUUCUACGAGAGGAGAGGUUCCGAAGGAAGGGAGAGGGGGACCAGAUGGUGGUCUGAUCAGCUUCCUGAUAGAAUAUCGUUACGAAGAAAUUUACCUCCAAGGAAAUUUUUAUUCCAAUGGAGCCAUCGCCAAAGACAGCGCUUCUGUGACAUUGUGUCCCCUCAUUACUAUGGCACCUGUUUAUGGACUAAAAGAAAAGACAGAAGAGGAAUAUAAUCAAUAUUUACAACGCAUGACAGACUACGUCAACAAAAAGAGUACAUUCACUGAAGAGACAUGUAACAGAGGUAUAAAAGUUUUAGAAACAUCUGAUCCAGAAAUUGCCAACAUUAUCCCUAAAAAACCUGACAUAGACAGAGGACCAGCUCCAGCACUUCCAAAAAGGAGAGGAUCGGAUGACAUAAAGGAACCGUCCCACCAGGGUAGACCCACAGCCCUUGGACAAAUUCCCCGCCUUCCAGAUCGACAGAGUGCUCCGAAAUGCCAGGAACCUGGCAAUGGUAAAGUUCAAAAGAAUUCAAAAGUUGCUAAGAUACCCCCAAAACCGAAACCAAAACCAAAAACGAAACCAAACCCUCCAGUUACCAAAGAGUUAUCUGCCGAUGACUCUGAUGAUGAAAUAUAUGGCGAUGAUUAUGAAGUGAUAGACGAGGACUUCAAACUAAAUCCUCCAACUGUACAGACUGAAAAAGGGCCUGGUUAUGAAAAUGAUAUUCUUUGUCAAGUGCGACCCUUUGCAGUUACAAAAACGCAAGAUUCCGAUGGAGAGAGUGAUGAGUACGAAGAAAUUACAGACAAAAUUCCGACUCCAGGGGAAAAUAUUAAACAGGGCAUCUUUGAACGAAAAGAACCUAACAUUGAACAGAUAAACAUUCCUCAGACGGAUUCCGAAUGUGAGUAUGCUGAACCAGAGCCUGAUGACUGGACAGAAGAUACGGCUCAGUCAAACAUUAGUUCUACCUCUGUACCAACAGAGGACAGAGGUCAAACGAAGUCAAACCACGUGUCUGGGAAAACCAUCAAAGAACUGGGGGAAAUUCUGAUCAAACUUAAGCUUGGUAAAUUCGUGGAUCGUUUUUCUGAGGACUUGAUAGACGGUGAAAUUGUCCAAGAUCUUACAGUAAAGGACUUAAAAGAAGAUUACAGCUUCACAAAGACAGAAGCAAUUAGACUUAGAAAAUUUAUCGAACUUGGACACGUCCCGAUGUGAAUUUAUCUCUACGAUCUGAAAAUUGGAAUCAUCCAUGCCAAUGAUGUUACUAAUUUUUUUUCUUUCCCUGAAUGGUGGCGUAUUUAAUCAUUUUAUAAAAAAACAGUGCAUAAUGUUUCUUCUAUACACUUUUGCUUGCAGAAGUCUAUAAAA